AUGAACAAACCAUUUCGGCCGCCGCUCCUGAAGAGCAAACAAAAAGCCGAAGAAAUUGAUCUGACAAGAAUUCCUGACUCUGAUGAUGAAGUCGAAAUCAAUCCGCGACCGUACAAAAAACGGAAACUGCUGGUUCAUGUCAUCGAAAGUAGUUCGCCUCCGGCGAAGACCUUGAGCUCUCCUGCCGUACAUGCGCCACGGAAACCUCUGCUUGUGGUAAGCAAUCCCCGAGAACCAAAUUCGACUGCGAAGGCUACUUCAGAGGGCCUUGAAGGUUAUUAUAUGGUGCUUUGGCGCAAAUUUACAACGAAGAAAAACAAAACUUGGGAUGGCGAUGGCGUGCUUUCAGUAUACGGUGGCUAUGCACGGCUACAAGACAUCUCAGGGAGGGAUAUGGGGAGGUCAAUGUAUAAUGAGCCUCUACUGCCAGGAAGUACGUUAAGCGUCGGCGGUAAAGAUGUCGAGGUUGAUUCUGCUAUCAGCAAAGCAGACUUUCUCGCCAGGAAACCGUUCCUAAAGACAUCCACGAAGCGCUCCUCAAGCGGCGAAAGCCAGGCCAGCCCCAUGAUUCAGGGGAAGCCCACAACACCUGCAAGCACAUACAAGCCCGUAGUUUCACCAAAAAUGCCUACGGAAAAGAUUGAGAAGAAGCCAGUAGUAUUAAAGAAGGAGAUACCCGCAAAGAGCUUCUAUGCAUCUGCUAGCAAGAUCGGGACUACCUUCAAAACACCUCUACUAAAAUCGUCCGUUCUACAGCCCAAAGCGGGGGGAGGGCCCCAGCCUCGCCAUGCCCCAGAUGCUCCAGGGGCUUUGGUUAUGAAGAGGCCAAAAUAUUUUCCUAAAGGAAAAGACAUUGUAGACGUUGUUGUAGACCCUUUCUUGAGUCAACAUCUGCGAGACCAUCAACGUGAGGGAGUAAAAUUCCUUUACGAGUGUGUUAUGGGAAUGCGAGAUUUCAACGGGCAGGGUGCUCUAUUAGCAGAUGAGAUGGGAUUAGGCAAGACCCUGCAAACUAUCGCUCUGAUUUGGACACUUCUAAAGCAAAACCCCAUAUACGGUCCAGAGGGAGUGAUCAAAAAAGCUUUGAUAGUAUGCCCUGUCACUCUAAUCACGAACUGGAAAAAAGAAUUCCAGAAGUGGCUGGGAAAUGAGAGAAUUGGAGUUUUAGUAGCGGACGAUAAGAAGGUUCGACUCACCGACUUUACGCAUGGGAAGAGUUACAGCGUGAUGAUUAUCGGUUACGAGAAACUCAGAUCAGUUCAAGAUGAACUCAAAAGAGGUGCUGGAAUCGACUUAGUCGUAGCAGACGAGGGCCAUCGACUCAAAACGGCUCAGAACAAAUCAGCCCAGGCAAUCAAGGCACUCAACACGGAUCGAAGAAUCAUCCUUUCAGGGACACCGAUGCAGAACGAUCUUUCCGAAUUCUUCGAGAUGGUAGAUUUCUGUAAUCCUGGGCUAUUGGGAAAAUAUAAUACCUUCAAAAAGGAAUUUGAAACGCCGAUCACCAAAAGUAGGCAACCUGGCGCAUCCGAUAGAGACAUUGAAAAGGGCACCGCGAGAGGCGAAGAAUUAUCAGCUUUAACGAGAACUUUCAUUUUACGGAGGACCGCAGAAGUACUUUCGAAGUAUCUUCCACCGAAGACAGAAUAUGUUCUCUUUUGUAAUCCGACACGAGCACAAAUUCAGGUAUAUCAGCAUGUUUUAGAGUCCUCUGUAUUCGGGUCCAUGAUUGGAAACACCGAAUGCAAAUUGCAACUCAUCACUAUGUUGAAAAAGAUCUGUAACGCUCCCAGUCUAUUGGUAAAAGCAGACGAAGAAGCAUCUGGCAAUGCUAAAAUGGCGCAGCUUUUAGAUGUCAUACCCUCUGAACUAUUGCGCAAAUCCCCUGUUGUAGCCAGCAGCAAAUUCCGAGUGCUUGACCAGCUGAUCAAAUAUCUCUCCAAAGAGACCAGCGAGAAGAUAGUUCUAGUCUCAAAUUAUACAGCGACGCUGGAUAUACUCGGACAGCAUCUAGCUUCUUUAAGCUUGCCUUUCCUUCGACUGGAUGGAAGUACCCCGGCAAACAGACGCCAAGAGCUGGUUGAUACGUUCAAUAAGACCUCCGCAUCCAAGAACUUUGCAUUCUUGCUUUCAGCAAAAUCAGGUGGCACAGGUCUCAAUUUGAUUGGCGCAUCCCGCCUGGUUCUUUUCGAUGUGGAUUGGAAUCCUGCCGUCGACCUCCAGGCAAUGGCAAGAAUACAUCGCGAUGGCCAGAAGAGACCGGUAAAGAUCUACCGAAUGUUGAUGGCUGGUGGUAUGGAUGAAAAGAUUUAUCAGCGUCAAGUGAGUAAGACAGGGUUGGCAGAUAGUGUGGUUGAUGGGAAGAAGAACGAGGGAAGUUUCUCACCUGAAGAGCUGAGGGAUCUAUUCCGACUCGCGACUAAUCCUGGAUGCCAGACGCACGAUCUCCUUGGUUGUGACUGCAAAGGCCUCGGCUCAGAACAAAUAACAGCUCCUGGUAGUGAUGAAGAGGAUGACCAGGACAAGGAGGAGUGGUCAGAUGAUGCUGAGGAUAGUGACGAUGAAAUGCUGUUUCCCGCUGUCGUACCAGCAACUAAGGCCAAUGUAGAGGCCAUCCAAAAGAUAGAUGACAACAAAGGCAAGAGCAAGAAACGAAAGGGCAAAGAAGGAAUGCAAGCGCUCAUGCAUUACAAACAUAUCGAUGCCUCUGUCUUCAAAGGCGAAACCGAAGAUGUUUUCGGCUAUGAGUUGGAAGACUUUGAGAAAAUCAAGGGCAUACUUGGCGACGAUGCUCUGACUACAAUACUGAAGGAAGAUACCUGCAAAGUCAAUUUUGUCUUUGCAAAGCACGGGUAG